GUCGCGAUGGGCUGGUUGGCGAACGACCUGUCGUAAAGCGGCCGCCCAGCUUUACGGCAGCCCAACAUGGCGGCGCCCAGCGGCCGGUUCGAAAGCGAGCAGAGCAUCGCGGCGCGCAAGGAGCGGGCGCGGCUGGCCAGGGCCGAGCUGCUGCGCCAGGCUAAGGCUAAUUUUGAAAAAGAAGAAAGGUGCGAAGAACUGAAACGACUUCGGGGUGAGGAUACAUGGAUGCUCCCUGAUGUGAAUGAGAGAAUUGAACAGUUCUCACAGGAACACUCUCUGAAAAAAAAGAAGAAAAAAGACAAACAUUCAAAGAAAGCAAAGAAAGAGAAGAAAAAAAAGAACAAGAAACAGAAAUAUGAAAAAAAUGAGUCAACAGAUAGUUCAUCAAGCUCUGAAGAAGAAUGGGUUGAGGCAGAUCCUCUGCCCCAGGCUCCGGCCAAGGAGAAGGCCUGGAAGGUAAAAGAUGGAAAGUCAGAGAAAGAAGCUGAUCAGGAUGUCCAGAGAGAUGAGUGGAUGACCGUUGAUUUCAUGUCUGUUAAGACCGUGUCGUCGUCAUCACUCAAAGCUGAAAAGGAGACCAGAAGGAAAAUGGACCAGGAAAGGGCUGAGGCCCUUGCCCAGUCUAGACUUCAAGAAAGAGAACUGAACCCCUAUUGGAAGGAUGGUGGGACGGGUUUGCCCCCAGAAGACUGCAGGGUGUCAUCAGUCACAAAAGUUUCAGUAAUAGAAGAUGGUGGUUUGAGCUGGCUCAGGAAAUCUUACCAAAGAAUGAAGGAGCAAGCUGAGAAGCAAAAUAGAAAUUUUGAAGAUGUUGUAGCUGAAAGAUAUGGGUCAAUGGAAAUAUUUCAGUCAAAAUUAGAAGAAGCUGAGAAAACUGCGUCUUCCAAGGAAGACUGUAGACGAGAGAGGUGGAGGAAACCAACAUAUUCUGAUGAGGCACGAAAUAGGGAAGAAAGUCGAAAAUCAGACCAAUUUAAGUAUGACAGAAGCUCAAGGGACCAUCGCAGCACAACAGAUCUUGUGAACAGUAGCAGUAAAGAGAGGUUUGGUGAUGAGAAAGCUGGUGGGCGAGGGCCUUUUGGAGCCCUGGGCAGGAGAGCGCCCAGUCCUCCGCCAAGGCAAGACUUCUCUUCUCUCAAAAAUGCAAAAUCGAGGUUCCUAAGGCCCUCUGAUGAUGAUGAAGAAUUGUCUUUUCAUAGCAAGGGCAGAAACUCUGCGCCGUCCACACUGUCUUCUGGGUCACGUUCCCAGGAUCCUGCUCACUGCAGUUUUCGCAAACCUGCUGAGAAUAGCAAGGAAAGUUCUGCCUUGUGGAACGAAUGUGACAGGAGCCGAGGGGACCAGAAACCUUCAAGUAUCAGGCCAGUGGGAGCCGGCCCCAAAGUCAACCAGCAGCUUAUUUCUGACAGGAGAGAAGAGAUCCUGGGUGGGCGUCUUAGUGACAGUCCCGAGGGGAGCAGGCAGCACCGUGAAGAGCCCCCAUCUGCCAGAGAUAGUCCCGAGCAUAUGCCCGCCCGUGUCCUGAGUACUGAUGAAAAGAACAAGUUGGGAGCCAAGAUUAUCAAAGCAGAAAUGAUGGGAAAUAUGGAAUUAGCGGAACAACUUAAAGCCCAACUUGAAAAGGCAAAUCAACUGAAAGGAACCAUAACACAGGUAUCAUCAAAGAAAUCUGAAGUAAAGGGUGAGGACCAGCAGGAGGUGAUUCUGGUUAGAACAGACCAGUCUGGACGAGUAUGGCCUGUGAACACACCAGCAAAAGCUCCUGAAUCUACAGGAGGAAGAAGGAAGAGGCCAAUGGCCUCUACGCAUGAAGAAAAAGCAAGAGUCAGAUACUUUCAUGAUGAUGACAAUUUGAGCCUAAAUGAUUUAGUCAAGAAUGAAAAGAUGGGAACUGCUGAAAAUCAAAACAAACUCUUUAUGCGAAUGGCAUCUAAGUUCAUGGGAAGAACAGAUGGAGACUAUUUUACUCUGGAUGACAUGUUUGUCUCCAAAGCGGCCGAGCAACAGCGUUUUGGUGAAGAGGAAGAGAACCAGAGGAGAAAGGCCAUUGCUGAGCACCAGAGUCUUGCUGCGCAGAUGGAAAAGUGUCUGUAUUGUUUUGACAGUGCCCAGUUUCCCAAGCACCUUAUUGUUGCAAUAGGUGUUAAGGUUUACCUCUGCUUACCCAAUUUCCGGUCGCUAACUGAUGGGCACUGCUGCAUCGUCCCUUUGCAGCACCACCGAGCCUCGACCCUGUUGGAUGAAGACAUCUGGGCAGAGAUUCAGGUGUUCAGAAAAUCAUUGGUGCAGAUGUUUGAAGAAAAGGGGUUAGACUGCAUCUUUUUAGAAACUAACAUGAACAUGAAGAAACAGUAUCAUAUGGUCUAUGAAUGUAUUCCUGUCCCCAAGGAAGUGGGUGAUAUGGCCCCUAUCUAUUUUAAGAAAGCAAUAAUGGAAUCAGAUGAAGAGUGGUCUAUGAACAAGAAAUUAAUUGAUCUCUCUUCAAAAGAUAUCAGAAAAUCUGUCCCCCGAGGCUUGCCUUACUUCUCCGUGGAUUUUGGUCUGCAAGGAGGGUUUGCCCAUGUCAUCGAAGAUCAGCACAAAUUCCCUCAUUACUUUGGAAAGGAAGUCAUCGGAGGGAUGCUGGAUCUAGAGCCCAGACUCUGGAGAAAGGGGCUGCGCGAGAGCUUCGAGGACCAGAGGAGGAAGGCGCUGCAGUUCGCUCAGUGGUGGAAGCCUUUCGACUUCACCAAAAGUCAGAGCUGUUGAGUCGUGCUUUCCAUUUUGAGUUCCCCUGCAGAGACCUUUGCAGCA